UCAUGAUUUCAGUCAUUGUCAUCAUGUUGGAGGUAGUGCUGGGUAAAAAGGAGAAAAAGUGGAAAGUGAUUGGUGCAGGUGGAGCGGUUGGAGAGCCUUUGUCAAUGCCAGUCAAGAGAGUGAAAAUGCUACACAUCCAGCCAUCCAAGCAACAAGAAGGUCAUCAAGCUGGGAGGGGUCCCAUUGACAAAUAUAAGUACAUAGUUAUGUAUUGGCAGAUCGAUCCAGAAAUGUUAACUUCACCAUUAAAAGGAAAGUUCAUUUUUUGGAUUGCAAGAAAUAAAAAAUUGAAAGUCAGGGGUUGUUUUCAUCAACUUUGGCAAAUGAAAGCAUUCAAUUCAAAAAAUGGCCAGAGGCUUAGGAAGACUUUAUUAGAUCUUCUAUUUAUUUUUAACAAAAGUGACUGGCACUGUAAAAGGGUAUAUUUCCAAUUAGUAAGUUAACUAACAUCUGUUAGCUAUUACCUAACAGGAUAUUCUGCUAAAUAUGCAAAAAACGUAAGGUUAUAGCAGAAAAAAUGAAAAGGCAAGGAAAGAUAUAUGAUAUUUGAGAAAAGAUGAAGAUUUAUUUGCUAAAAUAUUUUCUUACUAACAGAAGAUGAGGCAUAUAAGGGCUUUAUUUGGUGGAGCAAGCCGAACUAGUCAUUCUCUCCUCUUCUUCAUGUAAUUAUUUAUAUGUGCUGACAGCAACUCUUAAUAGAAGAAUGCAACUGUUUUGCACAUUUAAUUGCAGUUCGGGCUUUAAAAAGAGAUUCUUUUUCAACUUUCUUUUCUCAUAUUUGUUGUAGUUUUGCACAUAUCCUUAUGUCUUUAACCUUAGAUCACUGAAUAUGCUUUAUACCUUUUGGUUGCUCUACUUUUUGUAAUGUCGUAAUUGAUGUCUGAGUUUAUUAUUCCCACCCAGUAGAGAAUGUAGCUACGUACUAAAUGUGGAGCUUGUAUGAGGAUACCUCAUGGGGACAUUACCCCUAAAGAUGGGAAAGGUUACAUAGACACUGGAUCACCAUCUGUUGGUCCCAGUAGAUCAUGCAAGUCCAUGGAAAUGGAAAUAGAGUCCCUGCUUGAGAAGUUACUUGAUAUUAAUGAUUCCAUGAGCCGGUGUGCUGCAACAGCAUCUGCUACGAGUUCUGUCAAUCAAAAGCUUGCAAGGCAUAGGGACAUACUCCAUGAAUAUACACAGGAGUUUAGACGAACGAAAGGGAACUUGAACUCCAUGAGAGAGCAUGCUGAACUUCUUACCUCUGUUCGAGAUGAUAUCAGUGAAUCAAAGGCAUCCGGAAGUUUGUCACCUGCAGUGCAGUUAUUGCGAGAGAGAGCUUCAGUUCAUGGUAGCAUAAGCCAUAUUGAUGAGGUGAUAGGCCAGGCUCAAGCUACAAGAUCGGUGCUAGGAGCACAAAGGGCUUUGUUUGGCGAUGUUCAGGGGAAAGUCAAACAUCUAGGCGAAAAAUUUCCCAUAAUACGAGGCCUCAUCGGAGGAAGCGUUCAAGGGAUACUCUCAUCCUUGCUGCGGUGAUUGCGGCCUGCACAUUGUUCUUGAUCAUUUAUUGGCUCUCAAAGUAGUCUGCAAUGAAUCGUGCAAUCCUCAAACGCUACUGAAAUAAGUAAUUUCACGCAUCCUCUGUUAAGUAAAUUGGUACAAACAUUGGU